AUGGAGCAGCCAAGCCCAUCCGGGGGGCCUUUCUCGGCCACAUCUGCCUCUUUCCAGGGGGAGGCCUGGGGGGCUCCAGCAGGGAGUCCUGAUGACCUCAGUUGUCCCGGCAGCUCUCCCCACCUGGUGCAGGUGCGCGAGCGGAUCCGCAUCAAUGGGCAGCCCAUCAGCCCCGAGCACUUCACCAAGCACUUCUGGCGCCUCUACCAUCGGCUGGAGGAGACCAAGGACAGCAGCAGCUGUGUCUCCAUGCCUGCAUACUUCCGCUUCCUCACGCUCAUGGCCUUCCAUGUCUUCCUGCAAGAGAAGGUGGACCUGGCAGUGGUGGAAGUGGGUAUCGGUGGGGCUUAUGACUGCACCAACAUAAUCAGGGAGCCUGUGGUAUGUGGGGUCUCCUCUCUUGGCAUCGACCACACUAGCCUUCUGGGGGACACGAUGGAGAAGAUCGCAUGGCAGAAAGGGGGCAUCUUCAAGCAUGGCGUCCCUGCCUUCACCGUGCCCCAGCCUGAUGGGCCCCUGGCCGUGCUGAGGGAGCGUGCUGAGCAGAUCGCAUGUCCCCUCUACCUGUGUCCACCGCUGGAAGCCCUGGAGGAAGGGGGGCCGCCGUUGACCCUGGGCCUGGAGGGAGAGCACCAGCGGGCCAAUGCUGCGUUGGCCUUGCAGCUGGCCCGCUGCUGGCUGCAGCGAAAGGACCACCAAGGCGUUGGGGAGCUGAAAGCGCCCAGGCCAAGCCUGCUGUGUCAGCUGCCUCUGGCACCCGUGUUCCAGCCCACAUCCCACAUGCGGCAUGGGCUUCGGGACACGGAGUGGCCAGGCCGGACGCAGAUACUGUGCCGCGGGCCCCUCACCUGGUACCUGGAUGGCGCGCACACCUCCAGCAGCGUGCAGGCCUGCGUGCGCUGGUUCCGCCAGGCGCUGCACCGCCGCCAGAAGAGUGGGCCCGAGGUGCCGGAGGUGCGCGUCCUGCUCUUCAACUCCAUGGGUGACCGGGACCCGGCGCCCCUGCUGAAGCUGUUGCGGCCCUGCCAGUUUGACUAUGCUGUUUUCUGCCCUAACCUGACGGAGGUGUCAUCCACGGGCAACGCAGACCAGCAGAACUUCAUGGUGACCCUGGACCAGGUGUUGCUCCGCUGCUUGGAACACCAGCAGCACUGGAACCGCCUGGAUGAGGAGGCGGCCAGCCCGGACCUCUGGAGCACCCCCGGUCCGGAGGCUGGUGGGCCGGCCUCCCUGCUGCUGGCACCCCGCCUGCCCCACACCCACGGCACCAGCUCCCUCGUCUUCAGUUGCAUCUCCCAUGCUUUGCAGUGGAUCAGCCAGGGCCGGGACCCUGACCUCCAGACACCCAGUUCCCCACGGGACCUUCUCGUCCACCCUGUGGCCAGCAGCGGGGCCAGCGUGCUCCGAGAGGCUGCUGCCGUCCACGUGCUGGUCACAGGAAGCCUGCACCUGGUGGGCGGCGUCCUAAAGCUGCUGGAUCCUUCCCUGUCCCAGUAGCUGAGGCGGUGGGGUUGGAGGUGGGGCCUCCCACACCCGCCCUGCGUCUCUCCGUGAACUCCCACAUCAGGUGCCUUUGGUUUUCUGCUUUC